GUUUCACAUUCUCGUGGAGAAAGCGUCAAAUCUCAAGCCUUUGAGCGUCUCAGGAGUCUCAGCCGCCGUGUUUAUGCCAGUACAGUCGACCCUCGUGUGUUUCCUUCACUCUACAGUAUGUUCACAUGGAGAGAUUCAUCAACAGUAUACGGACUGCCUUAAGUGACUCAUAUACCGAGGUGACAUCGCCCUAUUACAACUCACACGAAAACACCCAAGGCUACGACACUGAGCUAAACUACACCUUCCCACCUACACCACCCCACCAUACGGACAAGCCACUUACACGUCUGUCAGCCAACCCGUCUCAACUAGAAAAAACACUAAGGACCAUUGUCUUGGACUUGUACUCUGAAGCAGAGCCCGACAAGCAACCGAAACUCAGCACAGAAUCUCCGGCUGUACAGUCUGACUUCGGCGUUUCCCUUUCUUCGACCUUGAGUUCUGACGUCAUAGAUGUCAUGGAAAAGGAGCAAACUAGAGACCAUUAUAAGACUACAGGAUCUAACAUAUCUAGUCUAGAGGCCUAUGUUAAAGCGCCUUGUCUCAGCGGUUUAACAGGUGUCCAGGGAAGUGGUAUCGGGGGCACUUAUAUUGGUGGUACAUCAGCAGGUUACCAAGGAUAUGGUGCCGAGGGCACUUAUAUUGGUGGUACAUCAGCAGGUUUUCAAGGACGUGGUGCCGAGGGUACUUAUGUUGGUGGUACAUCAGCAGGUUUUCAAGGACGUGGUGCCGAGGGCACUUAUGUUGGUGGUACAUCAGCAGGUUUUCAAGGACGUGGUGCCGAGGGCACUUAUGUUGGUGGUACAUCAGCAGGUUUUCGAGGACGUGGUGCCGAGGGCACUUAUAUUGGUGGUACAUCUGCUGGCGCCCAGGGGCAAGGAACUAAGGAGAAUUCCUCAGAGGACUCCUCAAGAAUUCAGACCGUUCAAGAGCUAAGAGGGUGCCUUGAGCGGCUACAGUUCACGGAUAUCACAGACCCUCAGCUCAACAUCAGUUUCUCAGAAUCUGACACCGUGGCCACGCCCACUUUCGACGACUCAGGCGUUCACCUUGAAUUCGUCACGUCAGAUCAGGAAAUGUCGGACAGCGAACCGGACGGGGUGGGGCAUGUGGCGUCCGUGUCACGUGGUGAAGAUCGAAUAAAUCAAAGUGUUACUAUAGACAAAGAAGUAGGACGAACUAUUUGUAGUGACAAUCCGAAAUCCCCGAUUGGACUUGAAAAUGAGAAUGGAUUCCAAUUUCAAGAGCAGCAACUCCCAACAAAAACAGACGAUAAACAGCCCUCGACACAAGCAUCAUCAGAGAUGGUAAAUCCCAGCCAUGUUUCGGUUAGUUUCUUCGGGUCUCCUGUUGAUGGUAAGAGUUAUGACGUCACAACUCAAGGCGAAUCACAGGGAUCUCUAGCAGUACUCCAGGGACUGGGUUCGGUUUACUCCGCAGACGACAGCAAUGGUGAUUCACAGCAUCGACAAUUGAUUUUCGAGCGCGCUAACCUAGAGGGAAAGCUCGAAGCUUUGACCGGCGAGUACAACAGUAUUCUUGCAGAAAGGAAAGAGUUACACGCACAACUGCGAACGUUGCAAGCAAGGUUGCAGGAAACGGUUGCAAAUGCAAGAAUAACAGAGUCCUGUAUAGAUGAAGUGAAAGACACAAACGACUCAAGGAAUGAUUUCCUCCACGAGGAAAUUGCAGAGUUGCAGGAGUCUCUCAACGCUAAGGAAUUGCGUCUGAAUGAGGCUCAAGAAAGGUUGAAGUUCUCCACCACAAAUGUGCAGCGAUUAGAAGAAACAAUAGCUAAUUAUGAAUCUGGAAUGAGAACAAAGGAUGUUAACAUUACAGAGCUUGAAACACAGCUUGGAAAUAUGCGGAAAUCGCUAGAACAAUCAAGGCAACAUCAGCAACGUUUUGUUCAAGGAGAGCAAGAACUCAACGCGGAUGUGUCUUCUUUGCUUAACGCCAAGGCGUGGUACCAGCGGCAGCUAGAGAUCGCCAAGGAAUCGAGGGUAAAGCUACAACUCGAGGUCAGCGAAUACGAGUCCACUAUUGCCUCACAAAACAAAAUGGUGGAGCAGCUGAAAUGCGAGAAUGCCCGUACUAGUAAACAGCUCCUCGAAACGCAGCAGAGGACUCUAGAAGAAAAAACGCGCAUUCUGAAACAUUUGGAGAACGUGGAAGAAGAUAUGAUGAGACAUGAAGCGGCAUUUAAACAAUUUCAACUCGAGAAACAGAGCGUUGAAAGGGGCUUAUGCGGAAAGAUCGAGGAAAUGCGCGCGGAGAAUGAGCACCUGAGGAGUUUGAGUGGAUCUACUAAAGAUCUGGAAACCGAAAUUGAAGCAUUGCGCAGGGAUACGUGCCUAAAGGAGGCUGAAGUGGCAGAUCUCCAAUCGGAAAAAGACGAAGUCUUGAAACAGUUGAAGGUAGCGAGGGGGGUGAAUGAGAUCAACAACAAAAAGCUGUCAGCGCUGGAGCAGAAACUACUGUCGAAGAAUGAAGAGCUGAGAGGAAUGGAGGACAAGGGGCAGAUAUCUGCGGGUGAAAUUAAAAGGCUGCAAAGUGAGAAGCGCGAGCUGGAAAUGCAACUAAAGGAAGCAGAAGAUGAAAGAACAGCAUUUGAUGGCGCCGUGCAAAUGCUGAAACUUGAACUCGAAAAAGUUGAACGGCGAUUCAAGUUUAUGAAGCGAGAAUUAUUGACAAAGACGCAACAACUCGAGGAGGUAUCAGAGCAAAAGAACAAUUUGCUUCACGAGAUGGGAGUCGUGAGAACAGAGAUUGCCGACCACGUGACUAUACUCGAGGACUUACGGAUCACCUUGCAGGAAAGGAACGGGACGAUCGAAGGACUAAAAGCUGAUAGGCUUAGACUGGAGGAGGAGCUUCGUGCCUUGAGUGACAGGCUUCGGUGUGCGCAGACGAGUUGCGCAGUGGCAGAGCAAGAGAGGAGUGAGUUGCAUGAACAGCUGCAAACUACAACCAGCCAAGUCUCGGAGUUGAAAGAGCAAGUCCACUCUUCACAACGCGAGAAAGCACGCCUUGAGGGCGAGCUCGAAUCCACCGUCCGCUCAAAGAGUGACGAGUUGAAUGCCAGCAGAGCUCAAGCCUCUGCCCUUCAACACGAGCUCGCCGAGUUACAGAGAAGCUUACAGCGCGAACUGACAAGACACAGGGAUGAUACCAUCAGCCUAGAACAACAAGUGGAGUUCUAUAAAAGGCAGGCAGGCAGGCACGAGUGACAAGUACAGGGCGGAAUUGAAACGACUACAAGAGCAACUGCAGAGCUUGAAAGGAGAGAGGGAGGCACUUGAAGACGAGUUAAGAAAAUUACAAAAAGCAAACAAAACCGACCUGGAUGAACUUAAGGAAACUUACAAAGCAGAGUUACAUAAACUACAA